ACAUCAGUAGGGAGAAAAAAAUGUGACCUCAGUGACUUUGACCGUGGCGUGAUUGUUGUUGCCAGACGAGCUGGUUUGAGUGGUUCAGAAACUGCUGAUCUCCUGGGAUUUUCACACACAACAGUCUCUAGAGUUUUUACUCAGAAUGAAGCCAAAAACAAAAAACAUCCAGUGAGUAGCAGUGGAUGAGAGAAUGACCAGACUGGUUGGAGCUGACAGAAAGGCUACAGUAACUCAGACAACCACUCUUUACAACUGUGGUGAGCAGAGAAGCAUCUCAGGGUGAACAACACGUCCGACCUUGAGGUGGACGUCUACAACAGCAGAAGACCACGUCAGGUUCCAGUCCUGUCAGCCAAGAAGAGAAAUCUGAGGCCGCAGUGGACACAGACUGCACCAACACUGGACAGUUGGAGACUGGAAAAACGUAGCCUGGUCUGAUGAAUCUGGAUUUCUGCUGAGGCAGCAGAUGGAAGGGUCAGAAUGUGUAAUUGUUCAUAUUUUGUUUCUGAAACCUACACUAUGUUCCUUUUGAUUAAACUCUAACAAGGCUGCCUGCAUUGCAGAAGAGAUGAAGGUGAAGAAUCUUUUUUCAUUCCAGCAGAAAUUUAAGGAGAGAGCAGGAGGAGGGCGCUCCAACUUGUUUGCCCUGGUUUGUAAAGCAAAAGUGAAAACUGUUGUCACGUGGCCUUAACUCUGAGGAGCACAAACUCUAGCAGGGUUCCCCGGAAUCAUCGAGCACUUCAUGAAAAAUAAAAUAAAUUCCUUGCAAACCUUUCUCUACAACUUUAAAUAAACAGGGGAAACGAAAAAUGUUCCCAUGUUGCCACAUUGCCUUUAGAUGCAGGGUAAAGACCAUCAAAUAGAUAGACUGUGCAGAAGAGCACUGAGCAUCAAGCAGCUGGACAGCGUCCUGAGAAGGAGACGUGGCUGAGGGAGAACGUUUGAAGAAAAGGGACGCGGCCGGUGGCGACUGCAUGGUCUCCUCUGCCUGACUGCAGGUGUUGAACUUUAACCUGCACCCUGGCACUGACAUGGACGUGCACUGGGCCUAUUCACAGUUCAGUUGCAUUGGGUUCCACACUACGUGAUUAAGAUGCACUGUCCCGUCAGCCUGAACAGUGAAGUCUGACUGAACCGGUUCAAAUAGGAUGUCAGGUGACGCAGGAGAGCUGGAGCCCAGAGCUGUAGGAGAGGAGGCAGCGACGCGUCUGAGCAGGACAAGGCGAGUCACACGGACCACCACUGCAAGUUUAAGAACACAGGAUGAUUCAUUUGGUGAGAGGUUCCAGUGGGAAAAUCAUUAUGGUGAUGAAACCCCAACAGGCCAGGAACAUCACCUAACAGGCAUCAGACAGGAGGGACCACACAGAGCACUUAUAUUUGGAGCGGACAGAAUAAGACAGGAGGAGGCUGCCUAUUGUGCUGAUUCAGAGGUCCAGGUCCUGAAGCGUUCUGAACCCAGAUUCACCUCUCUCUUCUUAACACUCUCCAAGAAUCUAAGCCUUGACAAACCAGAAUUAAAACUCAAGCCGAAGACCAACUCCUUUCCAAACAGUUUGACUGAACCAAAGAGAGCUGAGACUGAGUACGGCUGCUGUCAGGUUAACAGACGAACGUCACCACCAGACAUCCAUACCGAGACAGCCAGUUACUGCCCCUUACCUACAAUACUAUUUCCAACCACGAAGGAAGAGCAGGUUUCCACAGUUGUUUGCAAUGAACUGGAGACUAGCAGGGACUUGAGUCUAAAUCACAGUUUGUCAUAUGGUGACUUUGGACUGUAUGAGCAUAAUGGCUUGCACACACCUGCAUGUGGGGCACAACCAAAAAGGACUGGCUGUGGAUCAGUAGAGUUAGAGGGAGAUACAAAGAACCAUACAAAGGUAGAGAAUCACAAGGAUCUUGAGGAACUGUCCAGCCCCACUGUAACCAUGCUAUCUCCCACCGUGGUAACGGUUCUUGCUCCACACUUGAGUGGCCGACUACGAAGGACCAAAAGAUUUGAGGGAACGGAAAAUUCAGAAGCUCAGGGGAAUUGUCAAGAUGUGACAAACAAUGCGGUAAACUGUGCUCGUGAAUGCUUUCAGGAGAUUCAAAACCAACAUGGUGUGGAGAGGGCUUUGAUUGAUGGAUCGCAAGCCCAACUGAGGGUCCCAUUUCUGGGUACCAGGAGGAAUACAGUGGACUGGUCAACUAAGAGUGGUCCUGCAAGAUUGGACUAUGAAUCUAAGAGGAAAAUGAUUCAAACUGUUUCUCUGGGUGUAAACUCUGGAAAGAUGGACAACAGGAAACUGUCUGCAGAUGCUUUAAGCCCUGUAGUCACAGCUGCAUCUGCAAUAUCUCCCCUGUCCCUUGACCCAAAUGAACAAAGGAGAAAUCCUCAAACUGGCCAUCAAGGAGCACUCUCAGCCUUAAGCUCUAAACCAACAACCAGCAGUCUACUUCUCUCUUCAAGAAGAAUCAACUCCAGUGGUAGGAGCUCUAAUGCAGCCUCCACCCUCUCUGAGGAAAACCCUUUGCCAAAUGAUCGAGAAGGAAAACUGUCCACAACACACCUCUCUCAAACCACUGUCAAUGAUAAUGAGCAAGAGAGGUCAAAGUCCCUCCUCUCUCCAUCGUCCAUUUCCUAUAGGACAACUGAAACCUGGCCUCUCCUUUCCCCAUCAUUCUCCAACCACAGAGAAAGGAACAUACCUGAAUCACGCGUUUUUUCAACUUCACCUAUAAACAAAGACACAGAACCUUUCACCCAACAACCUCAAACAUGUUCCAAACAGGCAUUUCUGAGUAGAGGACCAUCAGCGAGGCAACAGAACUGCAGGGGUUCCGACAAAAAUACAACCCACUCCCUUCCUAGAAGGACCACACUGACAUCCACUUCCCGGUGGAAACAAGUUACCCCUGAAGGCAGUUCCCCUCUAAUCCCCAAUGAUACAACCAAAGUCGAAGCCCAACCAAACACACCCUUAGUUCCACCCUGCAAUGAUAAAAGUGACUUGGCCUUGCCAGGUCCAACUAACAACAAAGGAUUUAGUAGUCAAAUCCCCAAUAACAGAGAGAACAAUAACACAACAGAGUCAGUUUGCAAAGGUAGCAUGAACCUUGUUAUGAAGACACAGGAAGGAACUCACAACCCCAAACAAAGACAUGUUGAGGAUUCACUUGACCACAAAUCAGACAGGCUUGUCAAACAGCAAUAUGGCUCCAAUUUAAACAACAGAGCACGCCAAAGGCAUCAUAAUUUGCCCGAUGUUUUUUCUUGGUCUAAAAUUAGCAGAGCUACAGCACACAAAACACUGAGUCACCCUAAAGAUCUCAGCAAGCGUGAUGUAAGUAAUAGUUCACUUACAACAAAUGUAACUGAAUUACCACAUACUUUGCUAAAUCCGAAGAGCGUAAAUACACCCACAGAGAGCAGCACCAAAUACAAUAAUAAUCAUUGCUCAUCCAAAACCAACAGCAGCCCUGCAUCACCUCACAACAAGGACUCUGAAAAGUUUACCAAACAGUCUCUUUCUCUUGCCACCUCCAUCACUCUCAGUAGUCAAGCUCUUUCUUCUACAGUGACUGCAGGCCUCCCCCCAAACCGAAACACCAAAACUAGUUCCUCCUCUUAUUCUCAUCCAGUUUCUUCUAAAACCAAUACUCAUACUUUAUCACACACUAGCUCUUCUUCCCAAACACCCAAAUUCACCAACACCACAUCUCUUGGCUUUGAAAGAAGCUAUGCCUCCAUUCCCAAGCCUUUCCACACUAAAACAGUGUCUAGCCUGAUGCCCACAGUCAGUACUUUCUCUAAUACAAACUACAUUCCAGUAUCCACUGCAUCUAUCACCCCUUCUACAAUUGGCAGCCAUCCUACAGUCGCAACUGCUCCUAGCCUAUUCCUCCCUACUUCUGCCACUCCUGUCAUUACAUUUUCUCCCACUAUCACCUUCUCCUCUCUCCUAACCCCCCCUGCAACCCCAAUCAUUACCAGUCCCAACUACUCAGAAACAUCGUGCCCUCAGGAAUGGGGGACAUUUUCAAGCAGCCCAAAAAGAGACCCAAAGAAACUGCACCCCCAGGUAGAGGGAAAGAGAUUGAGACAAGUAAUGUUGGAGGACUCGUUGGCCCUUCAGCGUUCUGAGCCCAUCACAUUGGAGAAACCACAUCCAUCUGGAGUCCCAACAAGUCCUCUAUCUCCCUCCAGGUUCCCCCGAAGUGUUAGAGCUCCGUCCAUCUUCUCCUUUCUUAGAUCAAGCAGUCAAACCACAAAUACAUCUCCUCUGUGCUCCCCUAUGCCCAAAACCUCCCACAUACAGGUGGGAAAAGGAGGGAAGUAUCGAUCCCUGUCAUCUGACUCUAUGGCUUUAACAUCCAGAGUGCAAGAGAAGUCCAAACAAAGACCUAGUGACAUUAUGAUCUUUGACCAGUUAAGCCAAGACGUAACCACAUCCAGGCAGGAGAGGACACAAUCAGUGGAGUCUGGCACAGUCCAGUGCCGUUCCUCUGCUCCUCUCUCCCGCCCUCCUGACUUUUCAGGUGGUUAUAAGCUUCGUUAUAGCUCCCCACCAUACUCCACUCUUAUGUCUAGCAGAUCAGCACAGGGAGAAUCUAAGACAUUAACACUCAGAUCACCUCUCUUCCACCAAGCCUCUCAAUCAAAUUAUACACCACAACUUUCCUUACAUACUGACCCAGGUGCAGCCAUGACCAUACCUACAUCCAAACCCCCUCUGUCGCCUAUCAGCCCACCGCCAUUAUCUUUGCCUUUACAAGACAAAACUGCCACGCAAAAAAGUUCAAAGUUUGGGAUUUCAGAAGCUGAUCAAGUCAACAAUAUUCACAGCAAUAAUAGCAGCCAAGAUCUCCAGAAUGGCCAAAUAUUACUUGUCGACAACAGAUUUCAUAUCAGCUCAAAGUGUUUGAAAGGUGAUAAGGCACACAACUCCUCUUCAGCAUGUGUAACUGAGACACUAGUUUACAGCAUUAAAUCUAACGUAGAUACAGCUACAGCUGCCGCAAAGAACACCACACCUAAACCUUUGCAACAUACUGCAAACAGAGCACUUUCUUUUGACACCAAGUUAAGUCAACAGCCAGAUGCAGUGCAGAGUAAGGAAGCGUCAGGUGAACCCCAUAGUCAUUCAGAUCAGAGCUCCACUGGUGGCAGCUCAUUAGAGAGUCAGUCCCAGGACGACAAAAGCUGCAACAAAAGAAUGAAGGAGAGUGUACUGGGUAAAAGCAGAUUCUUUUCAGUGGAGAGCAGCAAUGGACAAAGCCCAAAGAGAAGCCGGUUUGCACUGAAGAAAAAUGUCAGUCCACCAAACUCCAGUUUAUCAAGGUCAGACUCAGAGAGGGCCAACAAAACUAACAACAAAAUGGACCAGGUCCUUAACAGACUGAGACAGACAUUCAGCACUAGACGGUCUGAUGACGAUCUGUCGUUUCCAUGGAAAUGGAAAAAGGCCUCCCAAACACCUUCUGUUUGUGGAUCAAGUGACAUCAGCUGUGUCAGUGUUAUCACUGUUGACAGUACCAAAAUGCUAGAGGAAAAAGAGCAAGAGGGUGGGGUUGUGCUGAAGGACAAUGAAAAGGGAACAGAGAGUUCGAACAGAUGGGCACAAAACAAAUACACCAUCAUACAGGCCUCAGCUGUUGGUAGCACAAUGACAGGAGAUCAAUUCUCAAUUCGGUCAGACAAAUCAACUCCAGAAACUGACCAGGUUGAGCGAAAUGCUUGUGCAGGGGCCAAGACUGAACGUAAAACCCAAGUUCGUCUGACAGCACACAGUCAAACAAUGCACCAGUUUGACGUUAACAAAGACAGCAGGACAGAUUAUAAAUCCAUAAACCAGUUCCCCUCAUGUAGAGAUCCCAGUCCUGGUAGAAGCCCGAACCCAUCUGGUGGUUAUCCUAAUCAGUUCAGGAAGUCCACAUCCAGUCCCAGGAGCCCCUUCUCCCCCUUCUCCUCUCUUUCCCCUCUCUCCUCACCUGAUGUAACAGACGACAGUGUUUUCUACAGCCCAAAGCUGCUGCGUCGCAGGGAAUCCUCCUCACCAUGUGAGCCAGGAGAGGGUAUCAGCCUGGGGGGUUCAAGGAGAAGCCGAGCAUCCACAGGUCCUCCGAGUUCCGGUCCAGGACAGGACAAGGAGCGCUUGGCAUCCUCCUAUGCAGACUUAAAGUAUGGCAUUGAGCCUGGGAGGUCAUUUUCUGUGAGUUCAGUACUCUCCAAUCGACCCUCAGGGCCUGGGCGCAUUUCCACUGGAUCCAGAUUCAUGAGUGUUGGUGAUCUCUCUGAAUCUUCCUUGACUUAUGGAGGUACUAGCAUGGGCUUGGAUCAGUGGUUAUUCACACCUGAUUGGACCAAAGAAUAUGAUUGCAAGCCCCCUAGCGAUUGUAGUGUGUCAUAUUUCCCCAGUGACCCUGGUAAAAUGAGAUCAAGAUCCCUUCCUCGAUCACUGACCAGGCGCUUGGCAAACUGGAGCUCAGGAGUCUCGGUUUCUCAACCUGUAACUACAACAACCUCAAAGCCAGCCCACCUUUGGAGCCCUAACGUGAACAAUUGUCACUUUGGAUGGGAUACAGAGGGUCCCCCAACACCUCCUCCAACACCUCCCAUGUCACCAGUGUCCAGACGCAUUUCCGAACCCCCCAGCCUUUCCUUCCCCACCUUUCCCAGCUCAUCCGGAGCACCGCAGUCGGUGGACUGCCAGUCCUCCAGAGGGCAUUUGCCCUCCAGAGGUUACGUCUCCAACCUUAGCACCUUUGAGGAGUCUUCCGACAGCAGCUCAGACACGACAACAGAUGAUGAAUAUUACUUAGAAACAGGUGACGGUGAAGAAAAAGAAACAGAAUUGUGAAAGCAGAACAACUGCUUGAACCUCUUCCUUCUCACAGUCUCUGUGAUCCUAGACUUAAUGAUUUAGAAAAAGGAGAUAAAUCCACAAGAAGAAAGAUGAACGGUAAUCUGUCAUGUACAGUGUCCUCUGCUUUUUUACCCUCUAAUUGUCUCAAGGGAGACCUGAAUUCAAUAGGGACAACUGGUUUCCUGCAUGAUUUGCAUUUCAAAAGUGGCAGAUGCUGUAAUGUUAAAUGAGCAAGCAUGGUAUUAUCAGCACAGGUUCAAAGAUGUUUUAAAGUAUGUAAAGUUUACUGUACAUGACUGCAGAUCUGCAAUGUAGGGAUAAGAAAUAACUACUGUUCAACAUUUAUAGUUCUCUCAGUUGCAUGGCAUUAGUGAGGGCUGUACAUCUGUGUAGUUGUUUUAACAAUCAAAUAAUGUGUAAAGUUAGGCUCUGGACAUAAGUCUUAUCUUUAAUUUUACAUUUCAUCCUGCUACUUAACAGUGAGUGCUGAGGUAAUCUGGAUAAAUGUGCUACCAUAUGAUAUUUCAUUUCAUCAUCUGUCUUCCUCUAUGUUUGAAGAUUGAAAUUAAUUCUGGCGAAUGUUGUCGUUUAAUGCAGAUAGAGUUUAUUUUCUUAGUCACUUUUUUUAAGCAGGCAGACUGUUUCUUUAAAAAAGUUUUUUGUAUUCUUGGAUGAAAUACAAUCAUUAUUAUUUUUUUAUUAAUAUUAUUAUUAUUUUAUUAUUAUCAAUAUUUUUGUAAUCAAACAUUAUUAAGUGCUCUAUACAGUGCCUGCUCUUAUUUGCACAGUGAACCUCUAAAGUCUUAAUAUAUCUGUUUUUAUAUAUAAAUGUAAUAUUUCCAACAAUAUUUGUGGAAUGUGUUGUUAAAUUUGAUUACACUCUUGCUGUUGUGUUGUGUCAAAUGAUCAAGCCUUAACCAGCAUGAUUUCUCAUUGUGUGUUCUUAUUUCAGUGGUUCCCAUAACACUAUUUACAUGCAAUAAGUGAAAAUGGAUGUUGAGUAUUAGCAUGACAAACAAAAGGUUCAGUGCCUGAGGCCACAUUCCAGUCCGCAGGGAAUUUUUUCAAUGACCAUUAUUAGUCACAUACUAUCUACUUUAGAUAGUGUCUGGUGUGGGUGGGGCAGUUCAACAGUUUCACAUUAUUGAAGUGGGUGUUUCCUUCUAUUCUUAGCUGUGGCAACACACAAACUGUUAAGGUGAUGGUUUUAUAAAACGUCCAUUAGACUGGGUGUGAAAUCGUUACUUCACCUGUGUUUGCUGGCCGGGUACUUUGUGUCCAUGACUUUCCCUUCAAUGUGUAAUUUUCCCCAGAGAGACUGCAUCCAUAUUAUUAGCCAUGGCAUCAUCUGCGGAAGGCAUGACAGCUUCGCAUCAUGUGUAAUCAUGAGUCUUCACAGCACUGACUUUGAAUCAGUUUUUCCAGCUUAUGUCAUAAGGAAAGUGCAGCACUGGUCACACUGCAACAGUGCUGCACUUCCUCCAGCCAACAGCCCUGUCUUCACACAGUAAACACUUGUUAAAGGCACUAAGCUGAGCCUGUGGGUGGCUGAUAACGGAGACAGAAAGAGAGCUUAUCUGGUGUUUUGUACCAUGUUAAAGACCACAAGCAGCGAUAUGUAAGGGCUGCAAUAGGCCCUUGGGAGUAGUGUUAGAUGUACUUGCCUUGUAUCCUGAAUGUGUGUAAAGCCCACAUCAAUCUGUUUUUCAUUAUGUAAAAUCUACUUAUGAUGUAUUCUUCAUGGAAGGUAUAAUAAAUCCAUAAGAAAAAUAAAUAUUGCAGACUUGCACACGAGAAUGAUUCUUUUUAAUGAGACGG